GGCAUGCGUAGUACUUCACGCAACCGGCAUAUGUGCUUCAAGCAUGCUGAGGGCGCAGCAGGCGCCGCUGCUGCAGCGGGCGAGGGCGCGGCAGGCGCCGCUGCUGCAGCGGGCGGUUCACCUGCUGCAUCCGUAGUGGAUACAGCAAUCGCAGGGGCUGCGGGGCCCGGCCAGCCCACGCCGACCAAGUACGUCAUUGAUGAUGAUGAGGACGACAGCAUGCUGGAGCGCCUGGAGAAGCUGGUCUGGGCGAAGCAGCAGGACUUCGAUGCGCUGGCACCAGAGGUGCUGGAGCGCAUGCGCAGUCGCAAGCCUGCCACGGCUGCUGGCGCCGCUGACCCCUCAUCAGCUGGUGCCGCUGGCACUGACGUUGCCGGGGCGCCUGCUGAACGUGGGCGGGGCCGCGGCCGCGGCCGCGGGCGUGGCCGCGGCCGUGGCCGUGGCGGUGGCCGCGGCCGUGGCAAUGCUCAACCAGAGGGCCGUGGCCAGGGCGGGCGGCGUGGACGGGGCGCGGGCAGGGGGCGUGGCCGUGCUGCUGGAAGGAAGCGGUCGCGUGAGGAAGUGGAGGAGGAGGAGUUGCCGACUGGCAGUGAAAGUGGCGGCGGGGAGGAAAGCGGUGGGGAGGAGAGUGGCACGGAGGAGAGUGGCGGGGAGGAGAGUGGCGGGGAGGAGAGUGGCGGGGAGGAGGGUGGCGGGGAGGAGAGUGGCGGGGAGGAGAGUGGCGGGGAGGAGAGUGAAGAGGAGAAGAGCAGUAAGGAGGAAAGCAGUGAGGAGGGGAGUAGUGGGGAGGAUAGUGGCGGGGAGGAGAGUGGAGGAGAGGAGAGCAGUGAGGAGAUCAGCGGGCAGGAGAGCGGUGGGGAGAGCAGUGGGGGGGAGAGCGAUGCAGACGACAGCGGGUAUGAUAGCGAGUUCGAGAAGCCAAUCCUGCAGCUGGUUAAGGCGGUUCGGUCCGGUGCAACGCUUGCGUAAGCAUGUGGUAAGGACACCGGAGGAUACCGGUAAGCAGGUGUGCUUUUAAGUACGGUACGGGUGGGGUUGAGGCACGGCAAAUGAGGAACACGAAGAGAGAGGAACACGAAGAGAGUGCAUGGCUCAGUACGUUAGGGAGGGUUCUGCGUGUUCGUAGGUGUGCAUGGUUACACGUGGUGGUAUAGGGGAGACUGCAGGGCCUUUCCCGCCGGAGCCCCGUUGUCCCCGAAAAUUUGUGUCACAACCGCUUGCAGGUCCCGGUCCCGUCCCGAAAAUUAAUAAAUUCGGCCUAAUUCCAGCUAUUUAUUUACCCCCCUCCCAAAAAUUCAAGGCACGAAUAAUUUUUAGCAGUACGGUAUUGGAGAUGGAGUGUGAAGAGGAUGGCUUGGCGGGUACGUGCCGUGACACGCGUGAUGUGCACUGUUGGACUUCGCUGGCAGUUGACUGUCGCGCC